GGAGUGUGAACGUCUUUACUGCGGUGAGGUCUACUACGACGGCAUUGCCUUAGCGAAACCUCGAAGAACGGUUUUCUCGACUUGCUCGUCCGUCUACGUUUUGUGCUUCACUCGACAACCGGGACGAAACCUCAGGAAAAAUGAAGUCCCCAGACUCUGCAGUAGCGGGCCUCGCCCUAUGCGCUUUUCUCCAGCUGGCAGUCGGGGUCCUGACGACCUUCCCGGGCACCAACAGCGGUUCCAAAACCGUCUUCCCUUCAUCUUCGUCCUCCGGUCCGAGGCGAGACGUCGUGUCUGGAGCGACGCUGUCUCGCUUCUCCGAGGAAGAAGAGAUGUACGCUGACCACGAGCCUGCACCUUCCAUGAGUUCGGGCUCCACAGUCAACUUUCCGGACUCGAAGGCCUCAAAAACCGGCACCUCGUCUGCGUCAGGUACCAACAGCGGAGGAACUGGCCCGAGCGUCUCAUUCCCGAGCGGCGGCAGCCGAAGCGAGGAGCCAAUCACCUUCGUUCCUCGUGAGGGCAAAGCCAUUACGUUUCAGUCCUUCCCCGGAGGUCCUGGAGACCGGGCAGCCGCCAGUAUCAACGGUCUCCCACCCAUACACCAUGUCCCGUUCCCCGGAGGCUUCAACGGCCUACCAAAGGGUGCGUCGCAGGGACUACCCGACGCGAGAAGUAUCCUGAGUUCUCUCGUGGGACUCGGAGGCGCUAACGCCCUGCCCAUGUCUUUCGGCAACGUCAACGUUAGCGACAUCGCUGCAGCGACAAACAGGGUAGCCGACGAGCUCUCCAGGAGCCUUAGGAUGGACGUGCGCGCCGUUUCGAAGGCGCUCGCCGUUGGUGGUGCAGCGUUGGGUUCUCUAGUCUUCCUCGGCGGCAUGGCGGCCAUGAUGAUGUCCGGAUUGGGUUUCUUCAACUAUCCGGGGAUCUACGCGGCCUAUCCAUACAGCACGACGUACGGCGCGGCCUAUCCCAACCAGUACAGAUCGGCGAAGUCUCUCAAUGGCGGAGCUCAAGGAGACGCUAAGCGGCCCGUCAAUCCCAACCUCGUGCCAGCCAUCAAUGACCUUAUCGGCAAGCUGGCCAAGGCGACGCAAGACUUUGGCAUGCCUAAGUAAUCACAAUACACCUCCCGUGGCA